UCAAGGUCAGCAUCAAUUUUGAACCUCGUCAAACCAUAAGCUAUUGAUUUUGGGGAAGUGUGUGACGCUAAAAACUUACCGACCUGUUAGAUAUACCUGACCUACAGCAGGCAAGUGAGUGAAUCUACUGCAUCGGAAUUCGCCUAUAACCUGGAACCAUUCGUAAGACUUAGAAACGAGUGCGAAGAAACCAAUCAAUUUGUGUAGGUUCGUAAAACAGAUGUUGAAUUUUGGUGGGACAUGAUAAUCUCAAGAAAAAAUUUCGAUCCAUAAAAUCGCUUACAUCUUUCGGAGCUGAUGACGUUUCCAUCAAGAAAUGUUCUACUCAGUGAAUUUAUUCGGUUUCUGAAGUUUAAACACUUGUUUGUUUGGACGACUGAUAGUAAAUCCCAAGGUGACUCAGCGCUCUAAACAAUUUUCGUAAUUAUCUUGCUGCUACUUGAGUGUACAUUACCAAUAUUGUCUCACAAUAUAUUGUUUGACUAGUCGCAUUUGUGAUCCACCAGCUCUGGUAUGUCGAAAGAUAAUAUGAUCAAAUAUUGAUGAUUACAUGGAUCAGACUGAUGAAUUAGUACUAAUCAGUCAUGAAGCAAAGGAAUUCUAUGAUGAAAUUCGUGGGCUAGUUGUCAUCUUUCUACUAUUCACUAUCUUUUUUCUCAUCGCACAUAUCGCAUUACAAUAUUUUCUGACCAGAACAGAAUAUGAAUCGAAACUGUCUCGAGCUGAACGCCUAGCGCAUCAACUAGUCCUUGGCAUAUGCACAUUUACGCUAACAAUAGGCUUAACUUCCUAUAGCCUAUUGCCAUUCACCAUUAUAACCAAUGAAAUUCUAGUUAUCUUUCCACAUUCUUAUUAUGUACAAUGGUUAAAUAGUGAGUUAAUACAAGAUUUAAUACUGCUUAUUGAUAUAGGCAGUAAGAUAUCUUGUUUAACUUUACCAUUCUCUUACUUUCUUUUAACUUCACAAGGAUUUCUGCGUAAAUCGUAUUCAUCGUUUGCAUCACGUUUAGCUGACUCUUUAGUUAUGGUUCUCUUCUUUUACAUUCUAUGCUUUGGUACAAUAUGGUCUUUGAGUAGUUUUGUUUCUGCCUUGAAUUAUUACUUCUUAUCAGAUAACAGUGCAUUAUCUCUUAGUUGUAGUAAUACUAGCACUACUAGUGAUAGUAAAACAUUUUUCGCAUUCCCUCAAGGUCAUCACCAACUGCAGCCUUCGCCUACUCCUGUUCAACACCAUCACAAUUAUUAUCGAAACCAUCCAAUCACAUUUCUUCAAAACUCUAUCAAUUCUAUUGGUUGGAUUAAAUUUUUACAAAGUGUUUGCAUCCAGGUGAUAAUGAUGUCAGGUUUGGAACUAAUUCAGAUGACCGCUUCUCUAUUAGGACUUUUAUUAUUAUUCAUCUGCACGCCAAUGGGAUUAUUGUCUAUUGGUUUGAAUUUGAUUACAAUCAGUUUACGCUCUUUACCUGAUUUGACCACAAAACAAACACUGUAUGAUCGUAUUGUACAAUUGAAAAUGGAAGCAAUGACUGUUUCAGACGACAUAGAGUGCAUACAACUCUUGUGUACUAAAAAGAAUGUGAUUGGUGAUAAUUACAAUAUUAUUAGUUAUAAGUCUAUAUGUUUUCGAAGUUAUACCAGUGUUACAUCGGAUGAAGACUUAUUACUCAAGUGUACAAAUCAAUUGAAUGCAAUAAAUGCAGAAAUGUUACAAAUUAAACAGCGCAUAACUAGACGAAGAUUUUCACCAUUUUUUCGUGAAUCUUUGCAACUUGUCAUGUAUUGUAGUUGCUUAGUCCUGUUGUUUGUUCUACUACGCUUGUUGGAAUCAUUUGUAUUCUUAAACAUUCUGGGUCUUUUAUGGAAUAUGCUGUUUGGAAAUUAUGGAAGGCAAGUUGACAAUAGUGUUACCUAUUCAAUGAUGGUGAAUGAUAAACAAUACUCAUCAACUACAGUUAAAUCUCCUGAUUUUAGUUUUACACUUGGUUUAAAACCUGUUUCUUCCCUUGGGUAUAUUGGAGCUGUUUUUCAGGUUUGUUUGGUGUUAUCUCUCCUUGUGCUGAGCUUGUGGGGAUUCUACUCACUUCCAUGUGCACGUUCUCUUCGACCAAGAUAUCAUGCAACUAGCCUAGACAUUAUGUUGGCAAAUAUUUUGUUGUUUCUAAUAUUGAGCACUGCACUUCCAUUACAAACAAAUCUGCUAGGAUUGACUACACUCACUCUACCUAGCCCACUUAAGUCAGAAGCAGUGGCAUCACUCACACAUUCAGAAUGCUCAGAUUUAGCCUGUGAUUCAUUGAAUCAUCAGUUUGGUUGUGAGGGGAAUACUCUCUGUCCAAAUACAAAAUCGAUCAAAGCGUCCGACAGCUGGUGGAACAAACUAAUUACCGGUUCUUAUUUUGAUCUAACCUACUGGUUAUCUUUUACCCGUGUAAUAAAUCCAUUUAGUUCGGCAUCUGACAGUCUAGAAAAGUUGUCCGUAGUUCGGCGGAUUGAAUCUGAGGAGCAGUCAAUUUUUCGCCAGUUCAUAUCUCGUGCUUUUGGCUACUCAUCAGUAUCACCUAGUUACGGAUUGGGUGUGGUUGUAUUAAUUUAUAACCUGUGCUUCUUAAUUACAUCUUUGUGGGUUGCUGGUCGGCGAUUGGGGAAUGCAACAUUGUCGAUCAGUUUGGAUGUGAUGACAACACUUCGAUGUCUUCAUCAAUUAGACAAACCACAAACCACCGAGAUCAAGUGGAGGACGUACUGAAUGAGUGCAUGAUUUAUCUUGUUCUAACAGUCCUGAGAAGCUGAAUCAAAAUGCCUACUAUUUUUCACUUUUCCCAACUAGUUGACUGGAUUGGUGUUAUAACCAUAUGUAACACCAUACAGUUGUAAUAUGAACGUGUAUGUAUGUAGUACUUCACUGCAUUUUACUUUGCUUCUUCUUUGUCUUCACAGAAGGGAAUCAGGGAGAUUUUUUUAUUUUUAACUUCAAUCUGACCAACUGUUAUACAGCUCUCUUAUUCCGAGUAUUUUCUCCUAAAUGUAUCUACCUGUCAUUUUUUCGAUACUACAAUUAUUUGAGUUCUUUCUUUGUGUGUUGAAGCCAUGACCUUUUGGCUUAUUUUUCUUUUUUCAAAACUUUCGGCUUUGGUAUUUCUCACUUUCGACAAUCUGUAUAUGUCCACAAACACGAGUGUUCAGUGUAAAAUUAGAUCUUCCCUUUUGUAUAUAUAUAUAUAUAUAUAUAUAUAUAUAUAUAUAUAUAUAUAUAUAUAUAUAUAUAUAUACCGUGCAUGAGUGGAAUAAGCCAAACUGUUUCUGCUAUUACUACCACUCAUUAUUGUUAUUAUUCUUUUUUGUUUCUUUGCUCCAGUUAACUGGGUUUUAUUAUGUCUAGGAGAAGCCCAGUUCCUAAUUCUGGUCGAUAUAUAAUUGUAGUUCUGUUAUUUGCUUGUAUGGGAGUUUUACACGAAAAAGUUGCCGUACACUCAG